GUCCAAUCCCCGUUUCAUCUUCUAGAACGCCAUCGGCCAGAUUCACAACCCAGGAAUCUUGAUAGUUGUUACCUAGAUCAUGAGAUCUAGAUGAAUCUAUUUCCACGUCUUACCUAGUGCUACUCAUAAGUUACCGAGAGUGUUCGGGUUGUAGGUCUUAACUCCGCUAAAACCUCGUCUCCGCCAAAACCCCGUCCAAGAUCCGGGUGUUGCAGAUGACAUCAAGAUUAUAGCUAGAAUAUGAUACUACUACUAUGGCAGGUAUGGCGUAUUAGAGCUAUGACUCAAAUAAUUACUAAUAGAAUUCUUCGACAUAUGGCCUAACGACGAUUGACUUGGUGAUAUCGCCGAUGCUAGUGGUCGAAUGGGGGGUAAACAUCAGGUAUAUAUAUAAUAAAACAGCACUUGGCUUUUCGACAUCAUGUCUCCUUUUGGAUUCUCCACAACCAGCGAAGAGCUAGUCAAAGCCUUAGCCGACAAGAUCAAGGGACGCACAUUCCUCAUCACCGGAACUACCGCGAAAGGUCUUGGCGCCCAAACCGCCAUCUCCUUAGCCCGCGAGUCGCCAGCACACCUCAUCCUCGUGAGCCGGACCAAGGCCAAGGUCGACCCUGUGUUGGAGGAGAUCGCAAGCAUCGACCCCAACGUCAAGACCACCUUCAUCACCUGCGAGCUGACCGACUUCGACUCCGUCCGAGCAGCUGCGGAGAAAAUCAACAACGACGCUUCGAUCCCGAAGAUCGAUGUCGUCAUCAACAAUGCCGGCAUUAUGAACGUCGUAGACUACACGCUGGACAAGCAAGGAAUCGAGUUGACGUUCUCGGCGGAUCACGUCGGCCACUUUCUCCUAACCAAUCUCAUCAUCAACAAGAUCAUCGCCGCGGCUCCCGGUGCCCGCAUCGUCAACGUGACGAGCAGAGGCCACGGCGUUGGUCCCUUCCGCGGCGAUGACUACAACUUCUCCGACGGCAAGGCGUACGACGGUUGGAGCGCGUACGGCCAAGCCAAGACCGCCAACAUCCUGUACUCGGUCGAGCUAUCGCGGCGGUUGGCCAGCAAGGGCAUCAAGUCCUACGCGCCGCACCCCGGUACCAUCUACGGUACCAACUUAGCUACCCACCUAGUCGAGUACGACUUCAGCAGGAUCGCCGAGAUAGCCCAACGUAACAACCCCGGAAAGCCCUGGGGCGGUGUGGGCCAGAGGAAGACCUUGUCCCAGGGAGCCGCACCGCUACUCGCCGCAGCACUAGACCCAGACUUCGACGACAGACCUGGGUCGUACAUCGUAGAUUGCCAAAUUGUCGCUCCGCACGAGUACGCCACCGACCCAGAGGCUGCUCGCAAGCUGUGGGAGAUUAGCGAGAAGCUAGUGGGCCAGAAGUUUGACUUUUAAGGAAUGCCUCGCACUUGUUCGGUCUGGUAAGCUACCUAUGUAACCUUUCGCUUGAAGGAAGCCUAGAAAAUCAAGGGGUUGAAUAGCUAUUAGAUUCGGAUUCGAACUUGGAUUUGAUGUAGCUAUAUAGGCCAAAUGUGAUCUUUACUCCAAGCUAGGUUACUUGAAAAUAAAGACGAUUAUAACAUUAGUUGCUAGUCU